AUGGAGCCCUUGACAGUGUUCAGCCGACAGGUUGAAAAGAACCGUUUGAUCCAGACAGAUUUCGGCAAGGAUCUUAGCAUCCUCAACCUGGAGCUCAAGGUCGGCCAUGAAAGCACAGACCUCAGCACCCUCGAGAACCAGUCAAUUGCCAAUCUUUUGGAAGACAAACUAUCUCAGUGCAUUCGUCACCUCGAGAACCUCCACACUCGUGUUGCUGACACCUCAUCUAAGGUGCUUGUCACUGGUGACUUAAAUUCCGGAAAGAGUACCUUUGUCAAUGCUCUCUUGAAGCGUGAACUCUUACCUGCCGAUCAGCAGCCCUGCACCAGCAUGUUCUGCGAAGUGCUUGAUUCUACUCUCAACGAUGGUCUUGAACAAGUUCACGCCAUCCCAGACGUUCAGAAAUACAACCGUCUCGAUCCUGCUACCUACCACAUCGUAGAGAUGCGCCAUUUGUACAAGGUCAUCACUGACCAGUUCGAUCUCUACAAGAUGCUCAAGAUUUACGCAAGUGAUGCUCGCUCUACUCAAGAGAGUCUUCUCCACAACGGUGUAGUUGAUAUUGCCCUUAUUGACUCUCCUGGUCUGAACACUGACUCUGUCAAGACUACUGCCGUCUUUGCUCGUCAGGAAGAAAUUGAUGUAGUCGUGUUUGUGGUGAGUGCCGAGAACCACUUUACCCUGUCCGGUAAGGAGUUCUUGUGGAAUGCUGCCAACGAAAAAACCCACAUCUUCAUUGUCGUGAACCGAUUCGACUCAAUCCGUGACAAGGACCGUUGCAAGCGUCUUAUUCUUGAACAAAUUCGCCAACUUUCACCAUCCACAUAUGCUGACGCUGAUGAUCUUGUUCACUUUGUAAGCGCCGGUAACGUGGAUCUCGAACCCGGGUCCCGCAAGCUCGAUGCCCCAGAUUUUGCCCGCCUUGAGGAACGUCUGCGUGCAUUUGUAUUGGGUAACCGCACCAAAUCAAAGCUGUCCCCGGCCAAACACUAUUUGGUCAAGCUUUUGACAGACAUCAAUGUUCUUUCCCAAGCCAACAAGCAGAUGGCUGGCCAAGAAUACGAAGAAGCCACAGAAGCCCUUCAGAAGGAUCUUCCUGCCUACGAACACCUUUUGCGUGUGCGUGAUCGUCUUCUGAACCAGGUUGAAAAGGUUGCCGAGUCGACAGUUUCUACUAUCCAAAAGAACACUAUCGCACGUCUUAAUACUGCUGUGGAACAUGUCGAGGCCGCAAUUCAAGGAAUCGAAUAUCCCGGUAUUUUCCUCGUUUGGCAAUAUGCCCAAGACAUUGCCGACUCCAUGUCUCAGUCUCUUUUGAAAGAGGUCCGUCAGGCGGAGCAGAUCGCUCGCCAGGAUACAUCCUUGUGCGUUGACCGUAUCCAUGACAUGGGUACUGAGCAUCUUGGCAAUUACCCUCGUGUAGCCGAUGUCGAGAAUAUGUUGGUCAAGAACAACUCACGCCGUGUUGAGGUUACCGUCGAGGCCACUGACUUUUUCGAUUUGGUGUUCGAUGAGAAGCUGUCGGGUGCUGCUUUGUCCCUUGGUGCUGCAGCUAUGGUUGGUGGUCGUAUGCUCGGAUUUAAAGACGCCGUCUCAAGUAUCUGGAGUGUGUCCAACAUGGUCGGUGCGCAGAACAUCCGCCGUCUGGUUGUCCCUGUCGUUAGCAUUGCUGGUAUUGGUUUGGCCGCUUAUGUUGUGUCGGAUAUGCGUAGUGCAGUUGAACGCAAACUGGUCAAGAAGUUCCAGAUUGCUGCACGCGAAACCUCUCAUGUUGAAGCACACGGUCAGCGUAUCUCUCGUGAAUCUCGCAAGGUUCUGCGCAUGGAAGGCUGGGAGAUUCACACUCGUCUCCAGAAAGCUAUUGAGAACAAAGAACAGAAGCGCAGUGAAAUGGAGAUCAUGGCCCAUGAUUCCCAAGAAACUCUUACUUACUUCAAUUCCCUUCUUGAGAAGUCUGUUCUCUUGCUUGACAACGUGAACGCCGUACAGAUCGAAGCUAAUGGUAUCCAAAGCAAGGAAAUCGAAGAGAAGGCUUGUUAA